GUAAUACCCCAAAAAUUUCUAGAAUAAAUAAGUGAGUUAGGGGUUAAAUUGUGGAAAAAUAUUGUUUUGGGCUUAAGAGCCAAAAUAUCCAAAGUUGAGGGGCUUAAAAGAGUAGAAAUUGGAUAAGGAUGGCUUAUUUCUUUUCUCCUUUUUCCUCUUUUUCUCCAGCCCGAUUCUGCUCUUCUUCUUCUUCUCGCUACAGCUCCCGAAAUCCCCCCUCCAAGCCGCCGGCACCAGCUUUGAAAAAUUGGUGAGAAAGCUUGGAAUUUCUCCUUCUUUCUUGUCCAAGAACCUGAUUUGGAACCCAGAAAUCUUUCCCCUUUGCUGGAAAUUCCAGAUCUGCCUUGCUCUGCUUGUCUUCACCGCCGGCUGCUAGUGGGUAUGGGUGAUUUCUGGGCUUUUUUUUGGGUUCCCGUGAGCUUCCCCUGCACUUGCCGCCGGCUUCUCUCCCACUACAGCUCCGGUUUCUACAGCUGGAGAAUUAUGGUAUGUGACAGCCUUUUAAGGCUUAAAUUGUUCAUUUAGUUUGCUGGCUGUGUAUGUCCGAAUUUUGCUAGAAAAAUGGGGAAGAAUUUGAUAGCUUUAGGACCAUGAUUUAGCUUAAUUGAAGUGGGAUUUAUGUGAUUGAGUGUUAAUUGAUUGUUGUGAGAUUUUUGGAGAGAAAACCCCGUGAGAUUAUCUAGUGUUUUGGCCAAUUUGUGGAAGUAGAGUUACUGUUCACGUCGUUGGUACUGUUCAUGGGGUACUGUUCACGGCACUGGGUGGUAUUAAUUCUUGAAAUAUUUUGAUUAGGUGUCUGAUCGUUCUGUCAGUUAGCACUAAGAUUGAGUGCUCGGUUUUAUGCGAGUGAGGUAAGUAAAUUUAUGGUAAUACCCGUACUGUUUUAAAAGCAUGUUUUGAUUUGUUUUUGAAGUGGUGGCGGGACUAAACUCGUUUUACACGAGCAUGACUGAUUUGAAGUGAAAUGUUUAUGUUUUUCAUUAAAUUGAGCAUGCCUACUUGAAAGUGAUUGUGAAUUGUCCUGACGAUUUGAAAGUGAUAGUGAAUUAUGAUUUUUUUGUUAACUUCUGCCUGUUUUGUCUCUGAUGUGGUCAUGUUAUUAGUGACCCUGCUAGUGGGGGAGGUUAUAAACGCUAGCACGUCGACAUGUUAGUGAUAGAGCCGGUUCGUUCAGUGGCCCUGCUAGUGGGGAUUAUACACUAGUAAAUCGUGUGCCUGCCAAUGGGAGGUUUAUAAACGCUGGCCAUGACCUAUAGAGGAGACGUCUAUUUUUUUUCCGUACCCGUAUCGGUUUUUCGUGAUUGUACUUGUUGGCAUGCUUUAAGUUUAAUAAGGGCACUCCAUGUUUACUUACUGAGUCUAUCUCAUAGUUUUUCUCAUAGUUUUUCCUUGUCCACCAUUUCAAGAAGUGAAACCGAAGACGGGGAAAUCACGGGAAGUGACGAGUUAGAAGGCUAGCCAUUGUAAUUGGAUAUGAAAUUUUAGAGAUAAAUCAUGAUCUCGUAAGCUAGAGUUUAUUGGAGAUUUAUGAUAUCAGAGAGAUUUUAUAAUUUGAUCUUCAGAUUUUGAUGGUAUCAGAGUGUGAAUUGGAUAAGUUCUGAGCCUUGUGCAUUUGUGGGACCCGUCUCACGAGUGCACGGCGUCUGUCGCGCCUCGAAUUCUGGUUUU